UGGGUUUUGCCUCUGUUUAUCGAUCUGAUAAUGAGAAUGUUCUCACGAGUCUCGUCAAAAAGAGCGCGCAUAAGACAAGACUUUGAUGUUCACUAUGAACUUGAAAGGGGCAUUAUCGUACAUAGCUCAGCUGCGAUCUUUUUUCCUUUAAAGUACCAUCAAAUUCCUCGAACAGAGCAAGUUUUCGUACGCUCUAAUUACAGUUCCUUGCUGCUUUUGGCGACCCAUUAAAUCUCCUCACCAAUCCCAUGCCUUGGCUACUGCGAAAAGAGAGAAAAAAGCUCUCUUCUUUUUAAGCGGGGGGGAGCAAAAGAAAAAGGAGAGCUGAUCGAAAUAAAUGAAAAAACAUGCAGGAGGUCAUUGAUUGUGCGAAAGCGAGCGAGGAUGUUCACGUGCAUAGCCUGCACGAAGGCGGACGACGGCGGCGAAGAGGGCGGAGGGGCGGCGGCGCGUGGGAGCGGCACCCCGAAUUCCAAAGAAGCCGUCAAAAGCCUGACCACGCAGAUUAAGGAUAUGGCGUUGAAGUUCUCCGGGGCUUAUCGUCAGUGCAAGCCUUGCACGGGCUCGCCCAGCUACAAGAAGGGCGAUCGGCGUUUUUCAGACUUCGACACGGUCUCGGAGGGUGUCCCGUAUCCGUUCAUGGGAGCCGGGAGCUCCAGCUCGACGCCCGCUUGGGAUUUCACAGGUCCCGGCCGCCAUCCCACCUCGAGGAUGGACUCGAGAAUCCCUGUGGGAUUCGGUGGAGACCGCACUCCAGGAGGAGCAUCCGUCUCGGCGCAGUCUAUUGACGUGGUGUUGGAGGAAGAGGAGUCCAAGGAAUGGAUGGCGCAGGUCGAGCCCGGUGUACACAUAACGUUCGAGUCGCUGCCUAAUGGCGGGAACGAUCUAAAGCGAAUCCGCUUCAGUCGUGACAUGUUCGACAAGUGGCAAGCGCAGCGAUGGUGGGCGGAGAACUAUGACCGGAUCAUGGAGCUCUACAACGUCCAGAGAUUCAACCGGCAAGCUCUUAACACUCCGGCGCGAUCUGAGGACGAGAGAGAUUCAUCAUACUCGAGGAUAGGAUCUGCGAGGGAAAGCCCGAUGCUUCCGACUGCAACCCGAGAGUGGACGCCGAGGAGUCACCAGAAACCCACGGGCAGUAAAGGGUACUUCCCGCCAUCCGAGCCAUCCGAUCUAGGUGGUCGCCACUACCACGCGGGGUCCAGCGCUCACGGGUCGGCAGCAGCUGGCGGGAAGGGUGAGAUGGCCUACAUGGAGGCGUCUCGCACCACGACCUCAUCCAGGGACGAGGCAUCGGUUUCCUACAGCAAUGCUAGCGAAGUGGAGACCGAGUGGAUCGAGGAGGACGAGCCCGGUGUGUACAUUACCAUUAGGCAGCUUGUGGACGGAACUAGGGAACUGCGGCGGGUACGAUUCAGCCGCGAACAGUUCGGGGAAGUUCGUGCGAAGACGUGGUGGGAAGAAAACAGAGAAAGAAUACAAGCUCAAUACCUAUGAAAUCCAGUAACCUUUUUUUUCCCCUUCUACACAGUUUCUAUAGUUAGUUGCAGUCGAAGAUGAAAUACAGGCGGAGCGGAUCAGAUCGGAAGUAGUCU